CGCAGCUGUGCCGGCGGCUCGGGGCGGCUCGGGUGAACAUGGCGGACCGGCUCACGCAGCUGCAGGACGCGGUGAACUCGCUCGCCGAUCAGUUCUGUAAUGCCAUCGGCGUCUUGCAGCAGUGCGGGCCGCCUGCGUCCUUCAGCAACAUCCAGACGGCGAUCAACAAGGACCCGCCCGCCAAUCCCACCGAGGAGUACGCCCAGCUUUUCGCGGCUCUCAUCGCACGAACAGCAAAAGACAUCGAUGUCCUGAUAGAUUCUCUGCCCAGUGAAGAGUCCACGGCCGCCUUGCAGGCCGCCAGCUUGUACAAGCUGGAGGAGGAGAACCACGAGGCGGCCACGUGCCUGGAGGACGCCGUGUACCGCGGGGACCUGCUGCUGGAGAAGAUCCAGAGCGCCCUGGCCGACAUCGCCCAGUCCCAGCUGAAGACGCGCAGCGGCGCCCACAACCCGCCCCUCGCCGAGUCCUAGCGCCCGAGCGGCCAGGCGCACUGACACCCGCCGCCUCCUCUUUCCCGGUGUCCGGCGUCGCUCUGGUGCAGGAACCCGGGAGGCUGCGCGGAGCAGCUCCGACUCUCGCCUCCUUUUCCUCACUGGGAUGGACUUCCUGAGGCAGAGACUGCGCGGAGGGGCGCGGCGUGAUUAAACGCGGCUGCUCCGAA